AUGGGAGAUCAAGAGUCCAUCUGGAUGUACGAUCCAUCCUUCCCACUUGCUGUGGUUGGUGCUGUUGUCUAUGGCAUAAUCUUCCUUGUCAUUGCAUAUCUCACCCUGAUCAAGUACCGAGCCUGGUACUUCAUUGUUGUUGUCAUAGGCUCAGCCAUUGAAGUUGCUGCUUAUAAUCUCAGAAUUCAUUCUGUUCAAAACCAGUCAGAGAUAACGCCUUUUGUCUUAACCCUCACUUACACGGUUCUCGCUCCUGUCCUCAUUGCAGCUGGAAACUACCUUCUUAUUAGCCGUCUGAUUCUCAGUGUUCUCCCUCCAUCCCAUCACCGCAUCCUCCGAAUUCCAGGUCGUCGCCUUACCCCGAUAUUUGUUGCCUGCGAUGUGAUUGCCUUUCUCAUUCAGGGAAGCGGCUCUGGUAUCGCAAGUUCGGAUAACUGGCAAGGAGAGAUGGAGAGAAUUGGGGUGAAGAUUCUUAUAGCCGGGUUGGGAUUUCAACUUGCCGCCUUCUCUCUCUUCCUCUGCGUUUUUGGACGCUUCCAUGUUCUUGCCCUUCGUAAGUCCGUGGAUGAUGCGCCCAGGGGUUGGCAGAAAGUUGUCCUUGCAGUUUACAUCUCGAGUAUCUUGAUCAUGGUCCGCUGCAUCUUUCGAGUCGUUGAAUUUGCUGGAGGGAGAGACACAUAUGCAUUCAGCCAUGAGUGGCUCUUCUGGGUUUUUGAAAGCUUGCCAAUGGUUGGCGCUAUCGGUAUCUUUUGUUUCUACCAUCCAAGUCGAUAUCUUGGAAGAAAUGGCGUUCGGUCCAAGUCUGUUCGGAUUGAAGAUACCAUCGAGCUUGCUCAGGAGCGCAAAUAG